GAAGCAGGGGAGCAUGCCUAUCCAUUUCUCUGUCGUCGUAUCGGUGCUCUCCUUCACCAUCUUCUCAUCCGUGCAAAGAUCUGCCUCAACGACAAUGCUUCGAAGAACGGCAUGCAGCGCCGCCCUUUCUGCAGCCGGCACUCAUGUGCAUCAAUGCGCCUUCGCUGCUGCCAACGCUCCCCUGCUGCUCAGCCGCUCACGCCGCCCCACGACCAUCCUACUGCCGCGAAGAUGGCAACGGAGGCACUUAUCUAUGCAGCAGCCACAGCAGCAGGACCAGGUGGCACCGAGCGCAUUGGUCGAGCAGGCGGCCCGCUUCCAAUCAUCAUUCUGCGAAGAGGCUGCCCUCGGCGGUGCGCGGCCCACCCCUUUGCUCGUUUUGACCAAGAGCAGCUUCCCAAAGUGGCUGCAAGAGCAGUCUGCAGAGCGGCGUGGCUGGCUCAAAAGCUAUGACAUGGAGAAAUUCAAGGCUGGGAAGCUGCUGGCCCUGCCGGCCGAGAGGGGAGAGGGAGAGGAGGGUGGCGUGCCGUUCAUGUACGUCUUCACGGUGGCUGAUCGAAAGAGUCCGUACGCCUACUCGUCGCUCCCGGGCUCCUUGCCGCCCGCCACCUACGCCCUCCGCUUCCAUGGUGAGGAGGUGGGCCCGGACGAUCUGUCGACCGCGGUGCUCUCGUGGUCGCUCGGGGCUUACAAGUACGAGAGAUACAAGAAGAAGAAGACAAAGCAGCAGCAGCAGCAGGGGGUGGACAAGCGGCCGGUUUUGUCGCUGCCUGUGGGGUUUUCGGUCAAGGGUGAGGGCGUCGGUGGGCUGGUGGAGGCGAUAUACAUGGUGCGGGACCUGAUCACGACGCCUGCCGAAGACGUGGGACCCGCACAGCUGCAGGUAGGUAAACAGAUAUGCGAACAGAUUGAUGGAUGCAUCGACGUGUGUGUUGGUGGAUGUGUCUAUGUGUGUGUGUGUGUGCAGGAGUGUGUGGAGGCCCUGGCGAGGGAGUGCGGUGCCUCGUCGGUCAGGGCGAUCGUGGGCGAUGACCUGCUUAAGGAAAACUACCCACAGAUACACGCUGUGGGGCGUGCAGCGGACCCAGAAAGGUAGACACGCACCACACAUGGAAUGGGCGUCCACAGAUCAUCAUUCAUCAGUAUGUGUGUGUCAGGUCUCCCCGUCUACUGGAGCUGUGCUGGACGAGCCCAUCUGCCAACUCGUCCAGCCCACUGGUUGCUCUGGUUGGCAAAGGGGUGUGCUUCGACACGGGCGGGCUCGACCUGAAGCCUGCAGCAGGUAGGCACAGGCACCUGUGCGUGCGGCGUGCUGUGGCGCACACACACGUGUGGACGACGGAUGGCUGUGUUUGUGUGUGGAUAUCUGUAGGUAUGCUGACAAUGAAGAAAGACAUGGGGGGUGCGGCGAUAGUGCUGGGGAUGGCCAAGGCCAUCAUGAGCGACCCAAACCCAAUGCCCAUACGCCUGCGGGUCCUCAUCGCAGGUAAGACAGCCAGCCAACGGACGGGCAGGCACAGCUGAGGAUGGUGCGAUUUCAUGUGUGUCAUGUCAUGUAGCUGUGGAGAACAGCGUGAGCGGCAACAGCUACCGUCCCGGCGAUGUCAUCACCGCCAGGAACGGACUUACAACGGAGGUAUUGAACACCGACGCCGAAGGCCGCCUCAUCCUUGCCGAUGCACUGGUCGACGCAGGUACGGUACCAUCCAUCCAUGCACACAGGGGACGGGCAUCACGCACAAAUCCCAAUCGCCCACACAUCACCCUCUGUCUGUCUGUGUGUCUGUCUGUCUGCCUGUCUUUGUGCUUUUAUGUAGACAGCGAGUCUGACCCGCCAGCAUUGAUCAUCGACUGUGCCACCCUCACCGGGGCAGCACGAGUGGCGCUGGGCGGUGAGGUGCCUUGCGUCUUCUGCAACGAUCCACAAAUCGCCAGGACGCUGCAGCAGGUCGGCAACCUCCCCAUUCCCGCCCCCCAUCCACACAUGUACUCAUGAAGGGUGUUAUGUGCAGGUGAGCAGCCGCGUGCGUGACCAGGUGUGGUGGCUGCCAUUGUGGAAAGGCUACGCGCCCCAGAUCAAGAGCGACAUCGCCGACCUGAAAAACAUUGCUGAUGGACCCAUGGGCGGGUGCGGCCGUGGGGGGCAGGCAGUUCAGGCGUGAACGGGUUCUCUCUCUCUCUCUCUCUCUGUUUGUGUGUGUGUGCGAACCUUCCUGCCUGCGUGCCUGCCUGUCUUCAGAGCCAUCAUAGCGGCUUUGUACCUCCAGAACUACCUCAGGAAGCCCACCAAACCGACAGAAGAAGUGGACAAUACCGGCGAAGACGAUGAGGCGAAUGGAGAAGAGGGAGAGGAGCUGGUCGACGGCCACCCGCCGCGGGAGCAGACCCCCUGGAUACACAUGGACGUCAACGCCUACAACAACAACGGCAAGCCGGGGAGGCCCAAGGGGGGGGAGGCGCAGGGCAUGAGGGCUCUUCUGGCCUUCCUCAAGGAGCACUUUGGGGAUGCGAAAUGAAUGAGGGAGCGAAGUUUCGGGUGCGUUGAUUGAUUCUGUGGAUUCUGUGACGGUGGUUGACAAUGGAUGGAUGGAUGGAUGGAUGGCACCUG